AUGAAGGCGAAAGUGGGGACGGUGACCAGCAUCGUCUAUCCGACAGAGCUGGGGAGACUCUACAUGCUGAACGCCCUGUACUUCCCGGUGUGGCUCCUCUACCUGAUUCUGCCCUUUAUGACGGGGAUGAUCCAGUACGUCCGGGAGCUGCACAUCAACGAGCCCAAGUACAUGACCAGGGAGAUUUUCAACCUGGAAGAUUGGGUGCUGCCCUACACAUGUUUGGUCGCCCAGCUCCUGAUCUCUAUCGUCUACUUCAUGAUGGCCGUGUACUCCGCAGAAGAGCACGACUUGGUGAACUUCCUGGGGAACAACAUCUUGCUCCUGUACCUGCUGAUCAUGGUGCUGGUGUUCUACCUGGACCUGGUGACGCUGUUCUACCUGGUGACAAUGAUGUCGUGGUGCCUACAGUCCUACAAUGCUGCUCUACCUGGAGCUGCUGUUCUACCUGGACCUGGUGUCGCUGUUGCUGUUCUACCUGGUGACAAUGAUGUCGUGGUGCCUACAGAUGCUACUUUACCUGAUGGCCAUGAUGCUGCCGAAUAUGGACCUGUGGUGAAUGCUGCUCUACCUGGACCUCAAGAUGCUGCUCUACCUGGACACCAAGACGUAGACGUCGCUGUACCUACAGAAUCUGCUCUACCUGAACAACUGGGAGAUGCUGUACCUGGAGAUGAAGACCCAACGAUCGUUGAGCCCUAUGCUAAUACCUUGGUGAUGGGAGAUUUGGUUGGGACCUAUGUUAAUGGUGAGUGGAUUUCAGCCAAUGCGCUCUUGGACUGGUUUGCUGCUGGGGGGCCUUGGCUCCCUUUUGAGGAACUCUAUGACAGGGCGGUACAAUCAUACAAACAGUUCCUGGAUGGGCAGCGAGCACUACUUACCUCGUCUACCUCGUCAUCCUUGCCAGAACAACGUGGUCACCAAGGACAAGUGCGACGUUGGGGUGAAUGGAGAGAUGGAAAAGACAGAUGGCACAAUGAUGAUGGGUCCAAGAAAAACAACAACAACAAUGACGUGGCCGCGUCAUCCAAGGACCCAGUGGUGACGCAUCCUACAUCGUCCUCCUCGCAGUCUGGGUUCUACAAGAAGGGUGUCUGGCAAGCUCGUGAACGUACAGAAGAUGAAAGGAGGUGGGCAGCAGGUGGACAGGGCAAACAACGACAAGAUAAAAGGGCGGCGAGGAUGAAACAAUGGGCUGAUGGAGCUUGGAUACCGAGCUGGCUCAAGAAGUUCAAGGAGGAGAAGGAAGAGCGUGACCGUCUUCGUCAGCAACAAGCAGAUGGAACAAACAAAAAAGGUGAUAAUGGGUCGCCGGCAAAGGAAGAUGAUGAGACUGAACUCUGGCAGCGUCCCCUGGCAUACGAGGGGAAGGAAGAGCGUGACCGUCUUCGUCAGCAACAAGCAGAUGGAACAAACAAAAAAGGUGAUAAUGGGUCGCCGGCAGAGGAAGAUGAUGAGACUGAACUCUGGCAGCGUCCCCUGGCAUACAGUUCCUCGGACGAUGAUGUGGCCUCGUUCAUGGAGAGACCGGGGCUGACCUCCCAGGAGUACGUCGACCUGAUUAAUGGUGGUAUCCCUGCUCACCUUGCUCGACGUCUCGAAGGACUACUACGACGAUAUGAGAGUUUUCAGGCUUGUGAUCAUGGACCGGAAGCUCGAUGGGCACUGGGACGAUGGCUGAUAACAAGUCAAGUUGGAGCCGGAGCACAAGAUCGCGCGGAAGAGCCCAUACAGAGCAGAUCCCGAGACGCCAGACACUACCCCCUACGACGUGAACCACAGUGCCAAGAACUUCGGGACGAACUUCUUCGUUGGACGGGGGAGAUCACGCAUGUAAUGGCGGACAUCUAUGAGUAUGCUGCCAACUCCGCUCACCCAGGGGAACUUAGUGAGCUCCCAGCACCUCUGACAGUCAAUGAUGUGGUUGCUCCGCCUGGGUCCCACGUUGGCGGCAACUCGAACCAUGGGGGACAUGUGGUGAUGCUUGCUGACCUACAACCUGCCGCAUCAUCCAGGCCGAGAUCUCGCAGUCGCUCGCGAAUGCACAGCAGAGAUGAGCGGGCUCAGCUAGAAGAUGAUGUCUCUGCUCUGAUGGACAUGGGAGAUGCUGACAAUGGGCCUGGGGAAAACGACGAUACCCACCCUGCUACUGGCGAUGAAGGGGGGAGAUCAUCCCAUGGCGGUGCUCAUACUGCUCCUCCACCUUUUUUGGGCCCUAUGUCACUCUCGGGUCUUCUUUCUGCAGAAGAUCGCCACUACGACUUGAUGGGUGAAGAACAAGAGUUUGCAGAUCGUGCUUGGCUUGUCGAACAAGCAGUACGCUCUGCGAUGUAUGAGCUUGGCAGUGGUUCAGCCAGGGAGGUCGUGAGACGGCUGUUAUUGCGACAGCAACACCUCGUGGAAAUCCAGUUCUGGCUGGACAGAGCGCUACAACAGGCUUUGAAAUGCUGUCCUGCGGCCGAGACACCGAUUCAAUGGGAUGUGAUGACCCGAUGGUUCAACGCCUCCGUGCUGCAUCCCAAGCCCGGCUCCGGAGACGUGAGAAAAUUUCACGUGGAGUCGUCCUUGCAGCAGACCGCGGAGCUGGAGGUCACCCUUAUAGACGUGAACCUGGUUUGUCGGCAGCCUCCUCAUCUGACCCGAGACCACGACCUAGCCGUGCACCUCACUUGCCGUCGAGAGCUACGCCGGAUGAACCCCCUGGAGGGCCCGCUCGACCUGGACGUGACCAUCGUGUUCGUUCUGGACGUGACCUUCGUGAUCAUCCUCCUGGUGCUCUUCCUGAAAGUCGUCCUGUACAUCGUGCUGGUGAGUUGGAUGCGGAGACUGAUGAAUCUGAAAAUGGAGGAGGCGACACGGCUGGUGGAGUGGGUGACUCUGACGAUGGGGAUGGCCUGGCUGGUGGAGUGGGAGAAAUUGACCCCCCUGGAGAUCUUCAUCAUGGACCUGGACCUGGUGAACUUGGAGAUGUACUUGGUGCUCAUCAUGAUUCUCGUGGACCUCUUCGUGACGAUUCUGAAGGUGAACUACGCCGGGGAGAAGGUGAUUGCAGGACCUGUGGUGGAUGGUGGUGAGAUUGAAGGUGGCAUUGGAGAUGUUGCACUUCCGGAGGACGAAAGCUCGAGUGAGGAGAUCUUCUUGCUCGAUGGUGUGGGGGACGAAACGUUGGACCGUGGAAAUGCUGUACGGGACGAUCGUGAUGAAGCUGCAGAACCACGUGAUGAUCCAAGUACACCCUCUGGAAUACCCUAG